AUGAGUCGGGAGGACUCUCCCACCGCCGCUCUGCUUUGUUCAUCGGAGAUAAUCUCCGUUGAACUCAUGUAUUACCGCCGACGGACAAGUCAUACGGAUGGCUCUGUCAAAGCUUGUCAAUCUGCUAUGGAGCAUAAUGUUUAUCACUUGAGCUCUCUCUUUCUUCUACAAGUUAGAGCUGAGCCCAAAAUCUUCUCGAGUUUUGCUCCCCUCCAUUUCCGGUACCAGAUCCGUAGCAUCCUCCGACCAGAUCCAAGUUUGUUCGGCAAACUUACACCAACCUUGACAACCUUACAAUCAUGCCUUUAUCUGUUUGUGAGUUUGAUGUCCGAUGUAGGUGGGAAUCCACUCCGGCGUCCAGCUUUCAGCCAUCUGUUUGUGAAUCUGAUAUCCGAUGUAGGUGGGAGUCCACUCCGGCGUUCAGGUUUGAACCACCCGAAACUAAGUUCAAGCGACUAG